UCCUAGUUUUUUUUAUUGGAUUCAAAUACUAAAUAUAAUAUAAAAAUUAUUAAUGUUAAAAAGAUGUAAAAAGCUCACUAUAACUAUCCAAAACAUAAAACGGCAUAUUCUGCUACCAGAUCGCAUAUUUCGAUAGAUAUUUUUCCGGGCCCUAAAAUUCUCUCUCUUUGUGCGCGAUGGCCUGACGAGCGAAUCGCCAGCGGUCUUGCUUCAAUCGCCCCGCGUGCUCCUCGGCGGCAUGGCGGCGGGGAAUCGGCUGCGCAAGGGCGAGCGCGUGGAGGUACGCAGCGACGAGGCGGGGUUUCUGGGCAGCUGGUACGAGGCGACGCUUCUCAAGAAGAGCAACAAGAGCUGCUGGGUGCGCUACCGCACGCUCAUCGGGGAGAGCUCCGACGCGCCGCUCGAGGAAUGCGUGCCGCUGGCGCAAGUGAGGCCCGUUCCCCCGGCGGCCCCGGCGGCCAAGUUCGACGAGGGGGACGCGAUCGAGGCCUACGACCGCGAUGGCUGGUGGGUCGGCACCGUCACCCGGGUCGUGGAGCCCGACAACAAGUACGUGGUCUACUUCCGCGAGAGCGUCGAGGAGAUGGAGUACCCGGCGGCGCUGCUGCGAUUGCGGCAGGACUGGCACAACGGGAUCUGGAUUCGUGUCUAUGAGAAGAGGAAUCCGUGCUUGGAGGCUUAUCGCCGGAAGAACACCCAGCCAAAGUACCAAGUUCGGGGCUACUCGGAGAGAAGGGUGCCAGUGUCCAACAGAGAAGACAGGCGGCAGCAGCAGCAGCAGCAGCAGCAGCGCAGGGGAGACGACGAAGAUGACGAGGAGGCGGAGCACAACGUCAACCAGCAAGAAGAGCUCAACGACGGGGUGCCUCUAAAGUCACCCAGCGAUCAUUCGCAAGACAAUGCGAACUUGACACCGCCGGGCUCACCACAGGCGGGAACAAACAGUAAAGAAAGGAUGAACGUCUCGGACCUCGACAGUCCGGCCGUGAACGGGAGGAAAAGGAAGGAUCUUGAAAGCUCGGACCUUGGUGAUCGGGGGGAGAGGAGGAAUGGGACUCGCGAGCCAGAGCAACAGGAGGAGCAGCAGCUAUCGAAGGGAAUGGAAGAAAACCGGCAAGAGGAGAAGCAGCAGGGAGGGAAAGGAGGACCCGGGGAGGAAUACUGCAUGAUCAAGUACAUCCAGAGAAAGGCUUACUCGUGCGUGCUGAGAGCGCUUCGUUCGAGGUGCACUGGCUUGACUUGGGGCCAGGAGAAGCUAAUAAGCGACUUGAGAGACCACCUCGAGAUCGACAACGAUGUGCACAUCAAGCAGCUGGAAUUGCUGGACGCUUGGCAACUGGAAUGUCACUGCCAGGACUGCCGCUCUUGACAAUCGGGGGCUGAAUCAAGCGAGAGAAUAUCAUUUUUGUACAGACAGAGGGCCCCUGCAUACACGAGAUCAAGUCAGCAAGAACGUCGUCUUAAGUUGAAAAGAAAGUUGGAUUUAAACCA